CCUCUCCGCUGCCCGGCGCUUGCAUUCUCAGUGCCCCUUCAUCUCCCUCACUGAUAGGCGCAGACUCAUUUCACUGGUGUUUCAACUUGAGUUGCACGAUGCCCGGCAAGAUCGUUCGUUAUGAGACACAUGACCUCCGUUUCCCCACUUCGCUUACUGGAGAUGGCACAGACGCGAUGAACACAGACUGCGACUACUCGUCUGCUUAUGUUUCCAUCUACACCGAUGAUGGACAGGUCGGCCAUGGCAUGACAUUCACUAUCGGACGUGGAAAUGACAUUGUGUGUCGUGCAAUCGAAGAGCUGUCCACAAGACUGCUCAACAAGGACCCUGAAGAGUUUUUCGCGAACAUGGGCAAGGCGUGGGACUACAUGUGUGCGGAUCCACAGCUGCGCUGGAUUGGUCCCGAGAAGGGUGUCAUCCAUAUCGCAGCGGGUGCCGUGAACAAUGCGCUGUGGGACAUGUUCGCGCGUGCUAGAGGGAAGCCAGUGUGGAAGCUUGUGGUGGACAUGUCACCCGAGGAGCUUGUGUCUGCAACGGCUUUCAGGUACAUUACCGACGUGCUCACGCCCGAGCAGGCGCUCGCGAUGCUCAAGGAAAAGGAGGCGGGUAAGAAGGAGCGGGAGGCGAACGUACGGGAACUCGGAUACCCCGCCUACAUCACUUCCGCCGGCUGGCUAGCCUACCCCGACGACAAAGUUGCCCGCCUCACCAAAGAAGCCGUCGGCAACGGCUUCACACACUUCAAAAUGAAAGUCGGCGCUGACCGCGCCAUGGAUCUCCGGCGCGGUCUGCUCAUCCGGUCCAUCAUCGAUGACCCCGCGAAUCUCCCGCCGCACCUCAAGGACCGCAACCCCGAGACAGACCCGAGCCUGCGCGGGAAGAACGCCGGGCCGACGGGGGCGGUGCUCAUGGUCGACGCGAACCAGGUGUGGGACGUGCCGCAGGCGAUCGAGUGGAUGAAGGAGCUCGCGCCGAUCAAGCCGUGGUUCAUCGAGGAGCCGACCGCGCCCGAUGAUAUUCUCGGGCAUGCGGCUAUUCGUAAGGCGCUGAGGCCGCAUGGGAUCGGGGUCGCGACGGGCGAGCAUGCGCAUAAUCGGAUGGUGUUUAAGCAGCUGUUGCAAGCGGAGGCGAUUGAUGUGUGCCAGAUCGAUGCGUGUCGGCUUGCGGGGGUGAGCGAGGUGUUGAGUGUGCUGCUUAUGGCUGCCAAGUUUGGCAUCCCAGUGUGCCCCCAUGCUGGUGGCGUUGGCCUAUGCGAAUACGUCAUCCACCUUAGCUUGAUCGACUACAUUUGCAUCUCGGGCACCAUGGAGCGCAACGUGCUCGAGUUCGCGACGCACCUCCACGAACACUUCGUCUAUCCGUGCACGAUGAACUCCCGCGGGCGCUACAGUAUUCCGGUCAACCCUGCCGAGGGAUACAGCAUCGAAAUGCACAAGCAGAGUAUUGCGGAGUACGAGUUCCCAAACGGGAGCUACUGGGCAGGCGUUGCGAAGGAGAAGAAGUGAGGUUGAGACUAUGUGUCUACCUAUCGCUAGCUUUGACUUAGCGAGGGCCGAGGGGCUUUACCAUUGGAAGAUAUCUUGUAUUCCGUGUAGCUGUAAUUGUAUCAUGAAAGGGUUGCAUGUGUCUGUACAGGUGCUAAAUGACUAUCGAUGACUCUAAUGAAAUUGGGCGAGCCCGAGUGGUACCAGCCCUCGGAACGAGAAUAUCUAUAUCUCCAUCCCAGAAAAAAAUACAACAGUACCGCGGUAGACGUGAAGGAAGAAGGCUACCCUUAUACAGGGACAAACUCUACCAAAGCCAUCUCAGCGAGAUCCCAGUACUUCUCGAAUUUGAAACCUGCGUCAGUCGCCAGAGACAGGAACUCGCCAAGCGAGCGCUCCUUGGCAUUGAACUGGAGCUGCAUGUUGACGUCCAUGUAGUGCGCCCUCGCGCGGCCCGCGCCAAAGUUGGGCAGCAGCGGCGCAGGUGCGGACUCGAUGCCGUGUGCGAGGGACUCGGCGAGGCCGGAUUUGCGAUCGACGUGCUGCAAGACGUAAUCCUGGAUGAGAAGGCGACUGGUGGGGCUCAUGGACUUGCGGACGUUCUUGAAGAUGGUGAGGGCAUCGGCAUCGGGCCAGUCGUGGAUGAUGAAGCGAAGGAAGUACAGCUCGCAGCCCUCAACCGGGGAACCGUUGAAGAAGUCGAUUGGAACAAAGUUAGCGCGCUUGUUGGCGAUGACCUCCGGGUACUCCUUGGCCCAAUGGUCAAUCGUGUGAUUGACAACCUCCUCACGGUCCUGCAGCGUAACCGUAAGGUUUGGGAAUUUCCGCGCAAGCUGCAUCGAGAACGAGCCGACGCCAGCGCCGAUGUCGCAGAUGGAGGUAUAGUCCUGCCAAGGGAAAGCGUGUAGAGUAGCGAGUCCGCCCAAGCCCCACUGUAAACCCGUCAUGGCGAACGCAAAGUUCGUCCUUCGCUCUGGGUUUGCCUCAAGCCACUCGAAUAUCGACUUUCCCUCGAAGCCCUCCUGCUCGCGCGCGUAGUACAUGAACGCACUUUGGCUUGCCUCAUACGAGGGGCCGCACGUAGGAUCGUCCAGAUACUCGGAGAACACUGCACCAGUGCGGUACACUUCGGUGAGACCCCGGCUCGCGAGCGCGCUCCAGCCGUAUGGUAGCUCGGAACGUAACGAGUUGGAGAGGCGGUUGUUGGCGAAGACGUCAGUAUCAACUUCGAUGAAAACGUGUCGCGUAGCAUUGGCACGCAUAAUUUGUCCGAGCUUCGCUUCAGGCACGUUAAUCAUCCUGGCCAGCUCCUUCAGGUGCAGGCCUUCCGGGUGUUUGGCGAGGAUAUCGGGUACCUUGCGCUCCAGGGCAACACGGAGCAUUUGAGAAUCGAGAUGGUUGUACGCUCUUUGGUAGACGGUCUGGCCCACAGGACUGAGCAUCAAGGUGAGAUGCUCGCACGCACCCUCAAGGACACGCAGUGCCUUCUUGAGCGCAAUGACAUCCGUCGUGCUGUCGACUGGGUGCAGGACAGGCGACGAGAGCGAAGGGAUAUCCUCCCCAGUCUUUUGCCACUCAGAGACGGCGGCCGUCGCUGAAGAGGAGAUAAGCGAGAGGAGCGUGUCAACGUCGAUGUUUCCGGACAUAUUGUUGAGGGUGAAUGAAAG